AUGACUAGAAUCGUCUUUUUUUGCUCUCUCAUCUCUUCUGCCUUGAUUGAAUCUGCUGCUGCAGCCAGUUACGAUUGCCGACCAGGUCAGAAAUGCUGGCCAUCCCUCAGCGAAUGGAAGCAACUCAACGUCAGUGUCGAUGGCCAACUAUUUGAAACCAUUCCGAUCGCCGCUUCCUGCUACGAAAACUCCGGGCACUAUAAUCUGGAAGAAUGCAAGUCUGUUGAGGAGUAUUACGGGGAUAGUAUCCUUCGCGGAGAGCACUUUGGACAAACCUAUUGGUUAAAUUGGGAGACCUGUCAUGACUCUGGAUGUGCACUUUUGGAGUCAGAUACGAACCAGACCACGUAUGGUAGUUGCUCUCUGGGACGCUUAGCUUCAUACUACGUCGACGUUCGACAGGCAUCGCACAUCUCUGCUGCCAUCAAGUUUGCAGCAGUCCACAACAUCCGCAUCAGCGUGAAGAAUACUGGCCAUGACUACUACGGAAGGUCCUCCGUUCCAAACACCCUUGCUAUUUGGACAAAGAAUCUCGACAAUCUCACAUUCUACUCCAAUUUCACAGCUCAAGACUGUCCUGCGUCUAACAGCCAGAAUGUUGGAGAGCUUGGCGCUGGAGUUGUCGCAGGGGAUGCCUACCGCUUCUUUAAUGACCAUGGGAUGGACAUAAUGGGAGGAUAUGAGGAGUCCGUCGGUAUUGCUGGCGGGUUUGCUCAAGGGGGCGGUGUCGGUUCAUUCACCACGACUUAUGGUCUCAUGGCUGAUAAUGCUGUUGAGUUUGAAGUGGUGACUGCUGACGGGGAGCUACGUGUGAUAAACCAGUGCAAUGACCCUGACCUUUUCUGGGCCAUGCGUGGUGGUGGAGGUGGUACGUACGCUGUUCUUACCAAAUAUCGCGUUCAGCUUUUUCCAUCACUCCCGAUCCACACAUACACCUUUACAGCAAACUUCACCAAUGCUGGAGCUCACACAAAUGCCACGGAGAAUGUUGCUCUCCGUGAGAUUCUCACUGCUCAUGCAAAGAGCCAGAUAGAAUGGUCUGCUCAGCUCGUCACCGGCCAAAUUGAGUACUUUCCCGAGAAGCUCGCUAUUAGCCUGGUACUCCCUUACGGUGACAAUGGAUCGAAGUUGAAGUCCGCCACCGCGAACUUUGCGCGGUUCCUGAGCAAUCGCACAGAUCUUUCGGUGUCAGAAAACGGAUAUAAUUCAUACUCCAAUUACGCCGCCUACCUGUCGGUGACGUCGGCUGAUGCCAAAGUCACAGAGCCAUCUGGCAUCUUCUCUAUUCUAGGAUCGCGAUUAAUACCUACCAAGGUAUUCGCUGAUUCCAAUGCCAUUGAUCAGCUAGUCGAAGGAGUUUUGCAGGGGAUUGCAACAUCCCGAAGUCUUCUCAAUCUCACCGGGACACAGAUCGUCUCCGAGACUCCUGUUAGCAAUUCAAAUGCCGAUGAAUCAUCGGCCGUUAACCCAGCUUGGAGGGACGCUCUAUGGCAUGUUAUCCAUGUUGGCGAGUGGCUUGAACCACUGGAAGAUCAUGUAUUGAAAUCCACCGCUAAUGGAUUUCUUGAGUUGUUGGAUCCUUUGAAAGAGUUGAGUCCCGGAGGUGGAGCUUAUCUGAAUGAAGCGCACUACUUGGAGCCUGAUUGGGAAGAAACUUAUUUUGGUUCUUUUUACGGAAGGCUUUUGGAUGUGAAGAAUCACUACGAUCCUACGCAUAUAUUCGAUUGUUGGAGAUGUGUCGGAUGGAGAGGAGAGACCGAGUGA